AUGAUGAAGCCUCAACACGACGCUACCUUCUUACGCAUGAACAAAGUCGAUGGCUGGGGAUCUUUGGAGGCCGAGGGAAAAAUAUUCAUAAUGACGAAGCCUCAACACGACGCUACCUUCUCACGCAUGAACAAAAUCGAUGGCUGGGGAUCUUUGGAGGCCGAGGGAAAAAUAUUAAUAAUGAUGAAGCCUCAACACGACGCUACCUUCUCAACGCAUGAACAAAAUCGAUGA